AUGACAAUACUAGAGAAGAAAGAAAAUAUCACUGUUGAUAUUGAACAACUUUCCGAAGAAAAACCUGUGGUCACUACUAAAUUCGAUGAUUUUGAUGAUAAAAUAGAUGUUGAACAAUAUGGUGAAAUCAAACGUAAGUUAAAUGCGCGUCAUGUCAAUUUGAUGAUUAUUGGUCAAUCCAUUGGGCUGGGUCUCUUUAUUGGUUUAUCAUCUCCAUUGACCACUUCAGGUUCACUCUCAUUAUUUAUUGGGUUUUUGGUAUGGGCUUGUUUGGUUAUUUACCCGUUAAUGCAAGCAGUGGGUGAGAUGUGUUCUUAUUUACCUAUAAAAGGUACUUUUUUACAUUAUAGUGCUAGAUGGGUUGAUCCUGCUCUAGGAUUUGCAUGUACAUUGAUUUAUCUUUACACUUCAUUGAUGUUUGUGUGUUUGGAGGCAACAGCAGUUGCGUCAUUGAUAAGUUUUUGGACUGAUGCAAAUCCAGCUAUAUUUAUUACCAUUUCGCUAGUGACGUAUCUUUUGGUUAACUUAGUUGGAGUAAAUUGGUACGGGGAAAUUGAAUUCUCGUCUUCAAUCCUUAAAGUUAUAUUGAUCAUGGGAUUAAUGUUCUUUUCCUUAAUUUCCAUGUGUGGAGGUAAUCCUCAACACAACGCGUAUGGGUUCCAGCAUUGGAAAGAAGGUGGAUUGGUUAAACCAUUCCUUGUAAGUGGACCAACUGGUCAAUUCUUGGGUUUUUGGAAUGUAUUGAUUUAUGCUGCUUUUGCUUGUGGUGGUCCAGAUUUAUUGGCUUUGUGUGCCUCAGAAAUGAAAAUGCCUAGAAAAUCCGUAGGUAUUGCUGCGAAAAGAUCUUAUAUCAGAAUCUAUUUAUUCUACUUUGGUGGUAUUUUCUUUUUAAAUUCCCUUUGUGCUUCCAAUGAUCCAACUUUGUUACACGCAAUUGAUACUAAUGCUGUCGGUGCAGCUGCAUCUCCAUGGGUCAUUGGAAUUAAGAAUGUCGGAGUUCGUGGUUUAGAUUCAGUGGUUAAUGUUUGUAUAUUGGCAUCAGCUUGGUCUUGUGGUAAUGGGUUUUUCUACGGAGCUACCCGAUGUGCCUAUAGUGCUGCUUUGGCUGGUUACUUGCCAAGAUUUUUCUCAAAAUGUUUGCCUAAUGGUGCUCCAAUUUAUUGUGUUAUUGCCUCAGUGCUUGUUGGGUUAUUAUCAUUUUUAAGCGUUUCUAAUUCCACAGCUACCGUUUUCAAUUGGUUUGUUAACUUAGCCACAACCGGGUUGUUAUGUACAUAUCUUUGUAUCUGGUGGUGUUAUUUCAAAUUUAAAAAGGUUUAUCCAAAGCAAACUGGUGUUCAAUUCAAAAAGGAUGAAUAUAAUUAUUACUUGGCUCCAAAACUCAUCCAUCCAUACUUUACCUAUUUUGGUUUGUUAUUAAAUAUCUUGGUGUUAUUUUUCAAUGGAUUCUGGAUAUUUUUCCCAGGGCAAUUUUCCGUGGCUAAUUUAUUCACUUCAUAUUUUGCACCUGUUUUAUAUAUUUGUUUAUUUGUGUUCUGGAAAUUCUUCAAAAAGACCCAUUUCAGAUCAGACAUGGAAGCAGAUAUAACUACAGGUAAAGAGCAGAUAGAUUUAGAAGAAGAAGCUGACAUUGAAUAUGAAGCUACUAGGGAAAGAAGCCAGAACUGGUUCUUUGUUGUCGGACGUAAAAUUUCCCAUUUCUGCUUUAGUUAG